AUGUUUGCCGAAUUGGAGUCUACUGAUGAAAGACUUCACGAAGCUUUUGAACUUCUUGAAUAUAAAAAUACCAAACGGGCAAUCACCGAAAUAAAUAAAUUACUUAAGAAGAAUCCAAAAUCGCCCUCAGCCAAUGCUUUGAAAGCUCUUAUUCUUUUAAGGUCUUCAAAACUGUCCGAAGCGUACGAACUUAUGACUUCGGUAAUGCAGAAAACACCCGCUGAUUCGGAUACAUUGCAAUUUUUAUCAAUAUUUUUUCGAGAGCUAAAAGAAGAGGAAACACUGGAGUCCUAUAUCAAAGCUGCUUUGGAGAAAUAUCCUGAUAAUAAGGAUCUUCAUUUAAGCCUCUUUUACAUCUACGUUCGGUCCUGUAACUUUAAUGCUCAGCAGGCUACUGCGCGCAAAUUGUGCCAAAUCGAUAAUUCUGACCGAAGGUAUAAGUUCUGGAUGGCCCUUAGCACUAUGCUCCAAGCUGAAGAAGAUGCAGCUUCAGCCACUCGCUUAUUCCUCCCUUUGACCGAAAGGAUGCUUAAAAAGGCAUUAGAUGAUGGUCAUUUCACAUCCCAUGAUGAUUUCUCUAUUUACCUUUCAAUUCUCCUUCGGUUAAACAAGUUUGAAGAAGUUUUGGCGCUUUUGAAUGAUGAGAAACUGAUUGGACUACUUAAUACCUUGGAUUAUGACCAUGAUUACAACCCACUCUUAUUAAAAGUUUAUUCCCAACUUAAUAAUUGGGCUGAAAUGGUCAAAGUUUGUGAGAAUUUGCUAAAUGUCGACGCUGACAAUUGGUUUGCUUGGGAGUCUUUGCUUCGGCAAUGUUUUGCCGAUGAAAGUUUUCGUGAAAAUGUUCUCGAAUUAAUAGAAAAGUACUCAAAAGCAUCACCAAAAAGUCGAGGGCCUCGUCUCGCCAUGAUUGAUUUUUCGGCUAAUUUAAUUAAGCGUGGUAUCGAACAUCCAAAAGCGAAGGAGAGCUUCUGUGUCCAACUUAUUAAGGACUAUUUUAACGAUUUCAGCCGAAAGCCGGUUGGCUCUUUGGAUUUAGCCUUUGUUAUUCCUCUUCUGGUUAAAUCUGACACAGCGCGGAUUUCUUUGGUUAAAUCGCUUUUGGAAGAAGCUAAAUCGUAUCAAAAUUCUUCAAAACUUAGCGCAGACGAUAAAGUUCACUCUGAGGUAUGCGCCUUCCGUUUAGCGAGGACAAAUGGUGUACGGAUAGACCUGACGGAGCUUAUCAGUACUUAUCAGGCUCGCGCUAUGAUACCCCUGCCUAAUGAAAAGGAUGUCACUAAGGAGACAAUAGCUUACGAUGAUCUUCUCCAACUUGCUGUCUCGGAGUUACUUGAUCCUUCGACUGUGGAUAAAACGACGGAACGGGGACUGGGAUGUAUCCUACUUGGCGCUUACUGGCUCUCGGAUAUUGGUCUAAAGCGAUCUCCUGCUAACCACUUCAUGCGACUUAAGCUCGUUGCCAUGCUCUCGCCUUUUGGUGGUCUCGCUUGUGUUCCUCGUCUGUUGCAAGAAUUGGAAUCGCUAAAUUUGAGGGCGAUCCUCUACAUUUCCAUCUGUCACGUGGCCAUCACUCCUGGACCAUUCCUAGCAGCAUUCGGCAUUUCGUCAAAAUCAGAUCACCAAUAUGCCAAUUUGAUUAACUUUUACGUGGGUACAAUCACACGGGUUCAGACUAUUCAACAAGAGAUGGAAAAUUGUCUGAUGCGAUCAUAUCGACGCAAUGCCUUCGGCUCUAUUCAUGAAGCUACCCAAUUCUUGCAAAUGCUCGGUCGAACUGAUGUCUUUGUUCUGGCUCAAACUGAACUCAUGUACAACAAGGUUUUGGUGAAAUGUGAUUGUUUCGACGAUGUUCUGGAACAGAUGGGACCAUGCAGCAGUGAAUUGAUUCGGCUUAGAGAAGCGCUUGGCCACAUCUGCGAUAACCGAGAUUUCUCUGUUCUUCCUGAAUUUUAUCACAAAAUUCCUGAUCCAAAUAAUCGUAAGGCUAGCUUCGAUCAUCUGCGAGCCUGGAUUCGCCUUCGUUUAGAGUUGGUUAACCUCAUUGGAACAUGUUUGAAACUAGUCAUGAAAGCUGUCCCCUUUGUCGAUAUGAUCAGCUCUGGCGAUGUCAGCGAAAAUUCACUUAAGAAUGUGACAGAUAUAAUGAGGACCAUUGAUGAACAGAGGGAUGCAUUGGUUAAGCAUUUAAAUACUCAUGGUGAUGUUGUUGCAGCAUUUAUAGGCUCGAAAUUCAAGUAUACGGACCUUCUUCUUGCACCUGAAAUGGUUAACACUGCUCCACCACCUUUGCCUUCUACGACUAUGACGUCGUUCUACUUCCAUGGGCCCUUCUAUCAAACUUUUGUAAAUGGAAUUGAUUUGCUCAAAUUCCUUACUGGACUUCUUGGGGACAAAUCGGUGACCUUUCUAGCUACUGGUUGUGGACUAUAA